UGUUCUCCAUUCCUAGAUGAAUUUGAUCUCAGUCGAGCCUGUUUCCGCUAAAAUCUGACCGAACAACGGUCUAGUAGCGAUAGAUUAUGCGGCAGGAUCCCACCAGAUAGAAUCGUGCAAUAAACUAACAGUUCUAGAAAACAUGAUUUUCUAAAAAUCAAUCUUGAUUCUCCAUCAAAUUUUUAGUUUGAAAAUCGUCUCAGGUUUUACAAAAUUAAUCUGGAUUCAACUGAUCUAUAAAAUGGUUCUUUUUCAAAAAAUUCGCAGUUACCACCUGAGAGAAUCCUUUUCCAUUUUAUGUUGGCAUUCGUUCGGACAUAAUUAGCAACAAACAUACAAGAUUUGCCUGAUUUUGAAUGCGAUUCUGAAAAAUUCGAUUUGUCGACGUUUACUUUGAUUUGUACCAGCUAUGAAUUAUAUGAAGGAGAGAAAGAGCACAUUUCAGAGUACUCAGAAACAUCUUCACUUUUGUUUCGUUGUCUUGAGAGUUGUUUAAAUUAUUCUUAAGCUGAUAAAACAGAACGACUUUGAAAGUUGAUCCGUUUAUACGUGUUGUGUUUUCUUUGUUUAAUUCUUUUCCUUAACAUACUACAGAAAAAUAUUUGAUACACGUGUUGUAGAGAAUUUGAUAUCACACCUUUUAGAAAAACAAUCAGGUCUAAAAGUUGAGAAGAAAAAAAUGUAUAGUCGAAAUACUGAGAAACUCAUUUAUGAGACACCCAGUACAUAUAUAUAAAGCGACAAAAUAAGUCCGAGUGCAAGAACUAUCGAGAGUACAAUUUCUUUCUAACACAAGGACACGACAACGCUAUAGAAAUACGUUAUAGUUUAAUCGUACAGUAGUGAGUCGUUUAUUAUCUCUUCCUGCCUAACAAAAGUAUUUUCUCUUUCGUUUCUGAGCCUCUUGCACUGGUCGACUAUCUAGUUCUAUUCCUUUUAAGAUUCUUGUUCAUAUUUUAGCCAAGAAUCAUGUCUGAUAUUUUUUGUCGUCUUCAGAAUCAUACCAACGAAAAUAUGUAUAUAUAACCUAGUUUUCUUCUUAUAUUAUAUGAGAGGGAUUAGCCCUUCUGACAACAAACACAUUGUCUUUACAACAAGAAUCAUAGAAAGUUUAAAUAAAUUUUGUGUAUAUUCAUAUAUAUAUAAUAUAGUGUGGUCACUUUACCGAGUAAUAGAAGAGAGAAAAAUCAAAUAAUUUAAGCAAAAAUUUUACCUGUUCUAUUAAGAUAAAUAAAGAUUCGUGUCUGAAAAUGGUAACAGACAAGAAUCUUGUAAGAACGUCAAAAAGAAAGUGGACCAGUGUGGUGGCUUUGUGCAUGAAGAAGAAAAAAAAUGCUAUUUCUCUGUCUUGUUGUACUCAUAUUCAGUAUAUACUACAGAACGAACAAACGUGUGUACAUUCUUAAUUUUUCUUCACAAGUUAACUGAAAUGUCUUCCAAGCAAAAUAACGAGGAAAAGAUGACGCGUCGCGAUGAGGCUGGCACAUCGAGCGAUGAUGGAAGACAGGGUUCUGCAAAUACACACAGCAAUACGACAAGUAAUGCUACUCAACAGAAAGACUCAGGCGUCAAAGGAGAUGGUGGACCAACGUCAACAACAUCGCAAGCUCCAAAUACGAAAAAAUGA